CGACUGGACUAAUCAUCCUGUCAAAGUUUGAAGUCUAAAGUUUUCUUGCAAAUUUUCUGUAAUUAAGUUGUCUCAAUACUCUAUAGACAUGGCUUACUUAAACGAAACCAAUCCAGAAGUGUUUUUUGUUCUUCCCAGACCUGGAGGAAUCGCAAAUAUAGAAUUGCCCGAACCUGAGAUACCGCUUGGCCCGAAAGGAUCAAAAGGAACUCUCAAGUCCAGCAGAUCGUUGAGAUCGACGAGGUCCACACGUUCGAAAUCGAAGAGCAUCAUUGACGCCAGAUUUUUCACUUCAACUCCUGGCACCACCUCCCGAGAGCAUCGCAUCCACCAUGCUCUUACUACGGUUCCGUGGAUAUUAUUCGACGACGACGAAGAAUACGCUGACGAGAAACCACUACAACCCAACCCGCUCCAAGACACCAUCGACAUGUUGGCGAUAUCAAUCACCACCAUCAUGCUCUUAGCUGCAGGCCACAAAGACAUCUCGAAGGACCAUCUACGGUGGACGCUGAGUUACUUGGAAUGUGUCAGAGAUGAGUUUGGUUGUAAUCCCCCCAAUGUCACGGGUAUCAUAAACCACAUCAGAAUGAUCGACGGAAAUUUGGAGUCUUUCAAUGAAACACUGGAGGCUGAAGUAGAAAUGGGAGGUUUUGGUACGGCUUCCCCAAAAGAGUCCAAGGAUUCACCUGAGAGGGAGAUUGCAGGAACGGAAGCCCCUCAACAAACAGGAACUGAAGCCCCACAGCAAACAGAAACUGAAGUAACAGACGCUGAAGAAUAAUACCUCCUCCCCAAUUCAA